AGUCAGGGUAGUGUUGGCUUAACGAUUCAGCUAGCUGCAGUAGCAAUUAAUCCCCAUGUCUCUGCUCUUCCUACUGCUGCUGCUACCUGCAGUCGUAUCUGCUGUGCCUGACGGCAGCUGCCCAACGAAAUGCGGCGUCGUAGAGAUCCCUUACCCCUUCGGCAUCGGCGCUAACUGUUCCUUGGGAGGAGGUUUCAAUCUAACCUGCAACACCAUCGAAAGUGGCCUCAUGAAACCAUUCUAUGGCAAUAAUGUUGAGGUCCUCAAUAUUUCGUUGGUGACGGGCCAAGUGCGCAUGCUCAACAAUAUAACCUCGGCGUGCUACAAUUCAAAUUACAACAAUAUCACUUACAGCUACAGCUGGUGGUUGGAUCUGGAAAACACCCCAUAUAGGUUGUCAGAUCUUCACAACAAGUUCACUGUCAUCGGAUGCAACACCCUUGCCUACUUUCUCGCCCUCGAUGGGAGCAAUGGCUACGAGAGAGGCUGUGUGUCCAUGUGCCGGUAUGAACAGAACAUCGUCAAUGACUCCUGCUCCGGCAUGGGUUGCUGCCAGACUACCAUACCCAAGAAUCUCAGAUACUAUGAAGUCAGCUUUGGACAAUCAUGUUUCAACAACUCGAAUACUUGGAGAUUUAGCAGAUGCAGCUACGCCGCCUUGUUGGAGGCCGAGUGGUUCCAUUUCCAAACAUCUUACAUCACCACGAACCAAUUCAUGCAAAUUAGUGAUGGCAGGGUGCCGGUCGUCUUGGACUGGGCCAUUCGAAAUGAGACCUGUGAAGUAGCUAAGCGCAACCUAACCAGCUCUUAUGCCUGCGUCAGUGCUCACAGCUACUGUGUCGACUCCUCCAAUGGCCCUGGUUAUCUCUGCAACUGUUCCGAGGGAUACCAAGGCAAUCCUUACGUCUCCCACGGAUGCCAAGAUAUCAAUGAGUGCGAUCAGCAAUCAAAUCCAUGCUCCGAUGGCAUCUGCCAGAACCUUCCAGGUGAUUAUAGAUGCGAGUGCCCCGAAGGCACGCAAGGAAACGCUUACAAUGGAGUAUGCAUCACAGCAGAGUCUCAGAAAUUAUCCUUAGCUGUGAAGGUGGCUAUAGGUGGUGGCGGUGGUGUAAUCAUUUUGUUACUAUGUAUUAUGUGUCUUUAUGUAGUCUAUCAAAAAAGUAAAAUUGAAGAGAUGAAAAGAAAAUAUUUCAAACAACACGGAGGCUAUGAAUUAGAGGAAAAGAUGAAGUUACAAAGAGGCUUCAACAAAUUUAAGAUAUUUGAAAGCAAAGAAAUAGAGAAGGCGACAAAUCAUUUUGAUGACAAAAAUAUCAUUGGGAGGGGAGGAAAUGGAGUUGUAUAUAAAGGAGUUUUGGAAAACCAAGUUGUUGUUGCCAUAAAGAAGCCUAAGAUUAUCAAUGAGGAUUUAAAAAAACAGUUUGGAACAGAGACACUUAUUUUAUCAUAUGUUAACCAUGUCAACAUAGUCAAUCUCUUGGGUUGUUGUUUGGAGACUGAGAUGCCAUUGUUGGUCUAUGAGUUCGUCUCGAAUGGAACAUUGUUUCAUUUAAUUCAUGAAAAUGAGAAUCAAGCUCCAACUUCCUUGGAUACUCGACUGUGAA